CAAACACAUAGCUCUUGGCGUGGGUUUAUCUUCGCAGAAUGAGAGUCCUAACUAUUCGCAUCCGUACAUGCAUAGGCUAUAUAGGGCAGGCGGGGCAUGGCUGGCAUCCUGGCACCAUGAUUUGCGGUAAUUUAUUCCUCCGAUUUAUCAUCUUCUUACGGCUUCAUAUUAUACAUCCGUUGAUCGGCCUGCACGCAUGUUCUUCGAUUUUUUUUGUCGCCCUCCCAUCGUAUCUAUCGCCCAAAGGCACUGUUUGCGAUGCUCAACCAUAUGUAUGAAAUCACGAGCGACUUGACGGAUAAUCGACCCCGCCAAAGACUCAAGGAUCCUGAUGAGAAACCUAAGUUUGAGAACCUCGGCUCUGUGAACGGCUCAACCACAGCCCGAGAUACCCAAACUGGUUCAUGCAAAAGCAGAGGCGCCGUCCUACUCGCUUGGGCGGAUAUCGAGCCAUGGCGACAAUACAACCGCUUUAUUAUUCGCAGCUACAGGCCCGCAAGCAACUCCUAUCUGAAGUCUAUUAGCAGUCUUGGGUACAUCCAUGACCAGACCGUUAACAUCUAUAGCCAUCUGCUAGGUGCCGUGGGGUUUGUAGCUGCCGGCUGUGUGCUCUAUUCUAUAAUUUCCCCUCGGUAUCAUUCCGCAACAUGGGUGGACGUUGCGGUAUUCGGCGCCUUCGCCAUGGGCCUAUUCAUGUGCCUAACAUUAUCCGCUGCAUUCCACACAUUCAAUAAUCAUUCAAGUAUCGUGUAUGAUUACUUCUUCAUGCUCGACAUGCUCGGCAUCAGUUUCCUCAUAAUGGGCUCCUUCUACCCCAGCAUCUACUACUCCUUCUACUGCGAGCCAGGACCGAGGUAUUUGUAUUGGGCCAUGAUCACGGUGUUCGGAUCGGGGGUUAUCAUUGCUAGUAUCACCCCGAAGUUCAGACACAGGUCCUGGCGGCACCUGAGGACUGCUUUGUUCCUGGCAAUGGGGCUGACGGGUAUUGUGCCUAUGACACAUGCGGCUUUGACUUUUGGGAUUGAUCAGGCGAAUCGUCAGAUGGGCUGGUAUUGGUAUAUUCGGGAGGCGAUGUGGUAUGUGGGGGGUGCUGUGAUUUAUAUGGCCAAGGUCCCUGAACGCUUUGCCCCAGGGAGGUUUGAUGUCUGGGGGAGCUCUCAUCAGAUAUUUCAUGUCUGUGUCCUUUUGGGAGCUGCGUCGCAUCUGACUGGUGCGAUCAAGGGGUUUGAUUAUAAUCAUGACCCUAUGACGCGCAGAUGUUGAGAGAAGUAUGACUGGCAGCGUUAUUCUCAGGAAGGCUAAUUAACUUCUUUAUAAACCGAGAAUAUCAGUGGGUCGAUAGUAGGGAAAUUGUUGGAUAUCAACGAGGCUGAUAGCCUAUAUUUCCAAGGAAGAUUCGAGAGGUGUUUGGGCGAUAGCUUUUCAACAAGUUAAGCAUAUGGUGAUUAGGUAUUAGUAUAUAGUUCGGGAGACUUCAGAGGCUCAAGCGAGUCAAGCGUGUUGCAAAGGAAGGAGCAAUUCUUGAUGAUGAUGAAGGAAGGAGCAGCCCCUCGUGCUCUAGAAGGAAGGAGCUGCCCUCUUACAUUGGUGAGGAAGGAGCUGUUCAUUAUGCUGUAAAGAGAAGGAGCAGCCCACCAUCCUCCCGAAGGAAGGAGCGGCUCCUUAUUUUGCAAGCGGAAGGAGCAGUUCUCUUAUGUCGCAGAAGGAAGAAGCGAGUGACGGCGACGGUUGGAACUAAGAUUAAUAAUAUAUUUUGCAAAUAUGGAAGGAACGAUUCACUACGC